AUCUUCCCUUCUCCUUUUCGCCGCAAGCCGUGGUGCAUCUGUUGUGUCUUCGUCCGAGAUAUCAACUGCAGCGCCCACAAUCAACCUAGUUAAUAUAUUUUGCACUCAUGUCUGCUGUCUCGGGUGACCGGAACAGCCGCAGUGGUGGCGAGCCUGCCGCGAAGCGUCCACGGCUCAAAACACCCACCACGCGGAGUCGCCGCGCUGGGCCCGAGGCCGUGAGCGAUUCUAUUACGGCUGCUGUGCCGGAAUUGCCAACACAUGAAGCAGUGGAAAAUAACGCCGUAACUUCAACGCCCAUGGUGUCUCAGAAAGAUGGGCCCGUUGUACCACAAUACGUGCCCGGGGAGCCCAUCACUGUGGCACUGGCGAGAUAUAGAGCCUGGCAAAAAGCCGGAGCACCACGCGAUACAGUGUGCUUCACAUGCCAACAGCCGAAUAAUCUCGAGUACUGCAUCACCUGUCGGAGGUCCUACCAUGCAGCGUGUAAGCCCUCGGACGGGGCACCCUCGCGUCAAGGAGGCCCUCAACACUGGCACUGUGAUGUUUGCGUGGGUAGAAACUGGCACGUCCAACCGCCUCCUCUCACUCCUCCAGCAUCACCUGUUCUUGCCCCUAUACAAGACGCAAACCGGAACCGCUGGUCAGCCGUCAACACGCAAACAGCACAGCAGGCUGAUAUCCCGGAUUCCGAGAGUCGGUCUCGCCCAGAACAGAAUGCUGGUCCAGGAAGAACAACAACCAACCAAGUCCAGACUCAAAAUACACCUUCGGUAUCUCAGGCGCAAUCAAGACCGACACCACCUCCACUUCUAAGUAUCGCUGAUUCCGCAUCUGCCGCGUCGGCAGCAGAAAGAUUGGAGACGCUACCGCGUACGACUGUACGAGCGCGGAAAUCUAAAUUUACUACUCUGGCCACUGAUGUGGACUCUGCGCUGCGGAUAUUGUACUGCGAGCUGGAAACCACCUCUGCGUUACGAGGCCAAGUGUCCGACCUGGAAUCACACCUGGCCCAACAGCGCCAAGAGCUAGAAAUCCGCCAGAAAGAGCUAUGUCUGGCGCAAAAAAUGGCCUCCAUGGCGCGGGCAUCUGAUGGGGAACUCGCGCGGCUUAGGGCCGAGGCAGCUGGAAAGAAGGCGGCUGUCGAGGAGGCAGACGCUCUGAGAGCAGACAAGCGGAGACUUGAGCUGGAACUGGAGGCCUCCCGGACACAGUUGAGUAUUGUGACGCAGUCAUUCCAGGAAUUAAAGAAGAAGCUGUCAGCCCUGAUUGGAGAUUAACUGGGGUGUUCCUUUCUACAUCGGUAGAUCUAGUGUUGAGCAUUGUGGAAGUGAGUCAGGGCUAGGGAUCGAGUCGACUGUUGGGCGUCAUGUUUGAGUAACCAGCGUUUUAGAGCUUUGUUUUGAUGCAAUAAGACUUUGCUUUUCUCACUUGAAUAUUCCUCUGAUAACUUGGUACAUCAAAUUUAGCGAGCUACGAAUUUCACGUUGACUCUCCU